GUUAAAUAUUCGAGCACCACACACUGAACUUCCCUUUUGACGCAAAUGUGUGUAGCUACCCACGUGGUUUCAUUCAAGAUGGCAGCCUCCACGAUUUGUGUUCCAGGGCAAAGAAUACUGCGAACCGAUGGGAGUCAUGUGGCCGGUAAUGGUACAUAUGUAAGAAACGGUUAUGUAUAUUCUACACUGGUUGGUCAUGUUCAUACACAAACAACAGAUGAUGGCAAGACAAUUCUUGAAGUGAGAUCCACCAAAACACAUAAUGUUGUCCCUUCUGAAGAUGAUAUAGUUACAGCUAGGGUUACUAAUGUAAAUCCAAGAUUUUGCAAAUGUUCUAUAUUAAGUGUGGGUAAUACCAAAUUACAAGAACCAUUCAGAGGAAUGUUAAGAAAAGAAGAUGUGCGAGCAACUGAAAAAGAUAAGGUAGAAAUGUAUAAAUGUUAUAGACCUGGAGAUAUUAUAGUGGCAAAAGUUUUAUCAUUAGGAGAUGCUCAGUCUUAUGUAUUAACUACAGCAGAAAAUGAACUUGGUGUAGUCAUAGCAACUAGUGAAGCAGGAGGGAACAUGAUACCAAUUAGUUGGUGCAAGAUGCAAUGUACUAAAUCACUUUCAGAAGAGUUUAGAAAAGUAGCCAAAGUCCAGCCACAAUUUAUAGAAUAUUCAGACUCAUGAUACAUGUUAUAUUAAAAACUAUUAUAUAAUAAAAUCUUAUUUUGUAUUUA